AAAAUACCAUCUAUCUAUCUUUCUAUCUAUCACCACCUUUAUAAUAUAUCAAUAAUUCAUACCCACAAUCUGUUCACUCCUAAAAGAGAUAAUACUAUACUAUAUCAAUAAUGACAGGAUACACAACCACCCGUCCUACAAAAUCCCUCCUCAUUCCUAAGAAACGUCCCCUUAAGACCCCAUCCACGACACUAUCCAAGAACUAUUCUACAGAGAAAUACAUCCCAACUUUGCAUUUCAUAUCGUCAUCUUCAUCUUCAUCUUCAUCUACAGAACAAAACCCUAAACCCAAAUCCACGAAUGAUGGGAAAAAAGCUGCUACAACAACAACAGAGUUCAAUUUCUCUCUCCCGCCGCAGCCAUUUCUUGACCCGGGGUGCUGGGAGAAGAUUCGUUCAGUAUCUUCUUCUUCUCCUUCUUCUUCGAGGUUAGGUGGUGAGAGUGGAAGUGGAAGUGGGAGUGGGGGUGUCAUGCAGUUAAAUGAGAGGGAGAAAGAGGAAGAGAGAAGACGGAGGAGGGCGAGGGAGGCGGAGUAUGGGGGGAUGGCUGUUCGGGGAAGACUUAAAUGAUUUUCUUAUCCUUUUCUUUCUUUCUAAUCGUUCUCUUUAUGUUUUGGUUGUGGAUCGGUUUACUAUAGUGUAUGGAGUUGCCGGUACUUUAUACUGUGAAUGUACUAGUAUAGUAUGUAUGAUAGUUCUUAUUGAUUCAGGUAGAUACGAUCGGUGGCAUCGUGUAUGUAGUUGCAUAAAUCAUCAGUAAGGUGUGGUAUGGUAUCUUCAUCAUC